UGCUUUACUGCGAAGGAUCGUGCACAUAUAAAAAGCAAUUAUUAGCCUUGUUAGUUUAAUUAGGGAACACCAAGUGAUAAUAAUUGGCUCUGUCGAUGCAAGGUAUGAAAAGAAUGAUUGUAUUCUUCUUUCAAAGUUCUAUUCUAACAUGAAGGGGUGAAAUUUUCCCGGAAGUUUGAAUGUGUUGACUGACUUAGUAGUCGCCUUACUCGCCAGAAACGAGAGAUCAGUUGACCAGAGAGACAGUGUACGAAUUUACAGUCAAACCUUUUGUUCUGUUUUGUUUUCAUGUUUGUACUUUUCAAGGUACCGGAUCAUGGACAGCAACGAACAAGCGCCUGCUUCCAGUCGGGAACAGGAAAUGCCCACAAGCCAAAUGAAUUUAAGUAUUCCCUCAGAGUUUUCGCUGAAUGAGCCAUUAAAUUUUGGGUCAUUUCCUUUCGAGCAACAGUCUCGAUACACAAAGAUGUUGCCAGUUUCUUCUGUAUCAAGGACAACCUCUUCCUGUUAUCCUAAUGGGCCAAUCGGGCCAAUCGCUGCCCAGAAUCUCGAGCAAGAAGUACCUCCAUAUAUGGAAAUGAUGUCUUCACGUUCACGCUCUAACCACGACAUCUUAAGUAAUCCCUACACCCCCCAUGGGAGAGGUAAGAGCAGCGAGGUCGUUUGGUGCAGUAGCAAAAUGAAAAUCCCUCGGUAUGUGUUUCAUCCGAACGAAGCACUGCGACCACAGCACCACCUCCUUAAUCCAAACAACUCAUUCCAGCCCGAGGAACCUUUGAACUGCAACAACAUCCAGAUGUCCGAUGGUCCUGAGGAGGUUGAAGGCAGUGCCAACAUGCUUCGGUCAGACUUCAGACUGAGUAACUCGAGCGAAUACAGCCAGUUACAGGAGCAAACCGCAAUGCAAUGGACUGGUAAUUACGCGGCUUUGUUUUUAAACCAGAUGGCGCAGUCUGUGAAUAGGAACAAAGCUUUUAACAACAACCCCUUUCGUUAUAUACCAAUUGAGAAUCAAGGUCAGGAAAGCACAAAUAACGAUAGCCUCCGUGUAGUACCACCCCAAGGACACGGGCAACCACUCCUCGCUACACUGAACACGAGUGGCGCACAGGCCACUAGGGGAAGUAGUUCAAACGCAUCUCUCAAUGGUGCUUGCCAUAAUUUCACUUUACAAUGCCCCAACCAAGCAUGUAUAUUCACUCAGAACGCCACUCCCUCCCACGCAUAUACUGGGGCGACAAACUUUGCACCUUAUCCUUUAUCUAUCCAGCCAUCUGUGCCCUUCUCUCCGAUACUCAAUGCUAUGGGUCCAGUCAAUUCAGAUGAAUACUCGAGAGAAAGGACCAACCAAGAGGCGAUAUCGCAUACGUCUUUCUCAACAACCAAUCGAUGUAGUUUUACACCGGUAGGGUACGCACUUAAUCACGUACCCCUCUUGAGCUUUCCACGGGGGCCAGGUUAUCAAGCUUCCGUUUCGUUUAGUCCCAGAAAAAUUCCGCUUCUACAAUACCCAGACCCACAAGCCAUGUUCCGCGAAGCAAACCUAUUGACUCUUGACCAACCGAAUGAGGAUCGCGUCGCUCCCUACACAAAAACGGAGGGUAGUAUUCCUAAACCUUCCACCACUCCAGGGGAAUCGCUCCCGCAAACUGACGAGACUCCAUCUGAGAAAGAAGAUACUACCGCAAGUGUAUCUGACAAAAGAAGCCGCCAGACCCGCCAAUGUAAUAUUUGUCUUAAAAUGUGCGCCGGUGCCUCUUCCCUCAAGGUUCAUCUUCGAACGCAUACAGGAGAAAAACCCUUUACAUGCAAGGUUUGCCAAAGAACGUUCGCGCAAGCUGGGGGACUGAAAUCGCACAUGCGCAGUCACACAGGAGAGCGUCCUUACAAAUGCGAUGUCUGCGACAAGUUUUUCACCCAUUCCACAGCUGUCAACAAUCACAAGCGCACGCACACAGGAGAAAAACCAUUUGUGUGUGGCCACAAAGGCUGCAGUAAGAAAUUUGCUGAUCGGUCAACUCUUACCAAGCAUAACAGAGUCCAUACAGGGGAGAGACCAUUCGAAUGUCCACAUUGCAAAAGGAAAUUUACCCAGCUGGGGAAUAUGAAUAAACAUUUGAGGUGCAAACAUAUUGACAAGAAAAAAUGAUUAGUUUAUCAGUAAUUACAAUUAUAAUGCCAUUUUCUGGCCUUUGGUGUUACGGAAGUUUAGUGGUUUUUAUAAAGAGAUUCAGGUUUCUCCACUCGCAUUUCCGCCGCCAAUGUUUUUAAAAAACGUCCAUAGAACUAACUGCUACGCGCAGAGACUGUUUCUUUAACGUCGUAGCGUUUUCAUUACAAGCUGUUGUUUGACACAAUGAUUUUGGACUUUUAAAAACGGUCCACAACCCUUCAUGCACUGAGUGAUAUGUUUUGUAGGAUCAUGAGUUAAAAACUAAUUGCAAGGCAAGGUUCUCCUGAUGAAAGUAAGAUACUUUGACCGUAAGGCUAUUUUGGUCAGACGCUCUGAUUUUACUCCGCAAACAACAGGUUGGGACACCACUGAAAGUAGAUGGCCACAAAAAGCCGACAAACUAUUUUAGAGAGUUCUAAAAGUGGGAAAUUAAACAGUAUUGAAUAUUUUUUAGAUAGAAAACCUUUGUUACAAAGAUAGCCUACCAAGAGAGGAUAUGAAUGAGUGAGUGGCACUGUCGAGCAUCGGGAUCCCCGAAAGGAGCGACUUUUUUGUGUCCCGUCUCCCAUUGUCUUCCCUAACCUGAUUGCGGGGUAUGAUGAUGGGUGUGUAGAAAGUCGUCCAUCAUUCUUUUCUCCUCCUCGCAAUCCAAUAGCGCAAGCAUGAUGAGGACGACUGGGUACGAACAUACAGCUGAAGUUGGCGACAGUUGAGCAGUUCGUUCGAGAAUUACCCAGAAUCCCUAGGUGUUUCCCAGUGGCUAAUUACUGGCGCAUAAGAAUGUACUAUGACUUAGAAAAUUUAAGUCAAAAGACAGACGACCACACCCACACCACUAGGUAGUCUUGUUCAAUGGUUUAACCCUUUCACUCCCAAGAUCUAGUGUUCAAUUCUCCCCUCCCACUGCUACACAUUUCCCUGUAAUUUAGUGAUGACAAUUUGGUGUUAGAUCAAUAUUACAACUUCUACCUGAUAAGAUUUGAGUAUUCUCAUGACCUAUUUACUGGGUAUUGUGCGGAUAUCAUACAGAUAUCUUGAUGAGGAGGUUGAUGUUAAUCAUUUCUGGGAGUUAAAGGGUUAAUACACAACACAGUAAAAACUUUGAAAUAGUAAACAUGUUCUGCAAGCGACUUAUCCACUUUAAAAUAGUAAUAAUCAACGUGUAUUCAAAACAGUCUUCAAUGUUGAGUUUUAAAGUAAGUUAUUACAAUAGUUGAGUUUCUAUAAAGGUUCAGGAGUAGUAGUAGUUACUUCGUAAAAAUCAAAUUGUACCAUUGAUGUAAUUAGGCAUGUUCACGUAUAAGUAAAUAAGUAAAACCAAGUAAAUGCAACUAAGUUAAGGUACCACGAUAAAAUAAAUGGAUCUUGGGUUUAAAUUUUUUCAAGGUAUUUCCUGCCCAUCUUUGCUGGUAGGUCCAACCCUUUUGAUUCACGAGAGUAUUCGUGUAAAAUGAUUGGUCAGUUUUGCUGUGAUGUUGUUGGCAACAACUAUUCACUUGAUUCUGAUGAUGACUUCCG